AGCAUGGACGGGGCGGACCUGUGCUUUGAGAUCGUGAAGAGGGCAGAUGCUGGCUUUGUCUACAGCGAAGCAGUGGCCAGUCACUAUAUGAGGCAGAUCCUGGAGGCGCUACGCUAUUGCCACGACAACAAUGUGAUCCACCGAGACGUCAAGCCUCACUGUGUGCUGCUGGCGUCCAAAGAGAACUCCGCUCCGGUGAAGUUGGGGGGUUUCGGAGUCGCCAUCCAGCUCGGAGAGUCGGGACUGGUGGCAGGAGGUCGGGUGGGAACUCCUCACUUCAUGGCCCCGGAGGUGGUGAAGAGAGAGCCGUACGGUAAACCUGUGGACGUGUGGGGCUGCGGAGUCAUCCUCUUCAUCCUCCUCUCGGGCUGCCUGCCUUUCUAUGGCACCAAGGAGCGUCUGUUCGAAGCCAUCUGCAAGGGCAAAUACAAGAUGAAUCCGCGCCAGUGGGGCCAAAUCUCCGAGAGCGCCAAGGAUCUGGUGAGGCGCAUGCUGAUGCUGGACCCCGCUGAGAGGAUCACCGUCUACGAGGCUCUGAACCACCCCUGGCUCAAGGAGAGGGACCGCUACGCCUACAAAAUCCACCUGCCAGAGACCGUGGAGCAGCUGAGGAAGUUCAACUCCAGGAGGAAGCUCAAGGGGGCCGUUCUGGCUGCCGUGUCCAGUCACAAGUUCAAUUCUUUCUAUGGAGACCCCCCCGAGGAACUCCACGACUUCUCUGAAGACCCAACCUCCUCAGGGGCUGUGUCUCAGGUGUUGGACAGUUUAGAGGAGAUCCACGCUCUGACAGACUGCAGUGAAAAGGAUCUGGAUUUCCUCCACAGUGUUUUCCAGGACCAGCAUCUACACACGCUGCUCGAUCUCUACGAUAAGAUCAACACCAAGUCGUCUCCACAGAUCAGAAACCCCCCCAGUGAUGCCGUUCAGAGAGCCAAAGAGAAAUCCUCCCAAGACGAAGCAAGUGGCGCUUUGAAACAUCUGGAAUAUGUGCUGGAAGAGAUCUCCUGCUACCCAGAGAACCACGAAGCUAAAGAGCUCAGACGGAUACUGACGCAGCCGCAUUUCAUGGCCUUGCUGCAGGCGCACGACGUGGUGGCUCACGAGGUUUACAGCGACGAGGCUCUGAGGGUGACCCCUCCGCCCACCUCGCCCUACCUGAACGGAGACUCCCCCGAGAGCACCAACGGAGACAUGGACCUGGAGAACGUCACCCGGGUCCGCCUGGUCCAGUUUCAGAAGAACACGGACGAGCCGAUGGGCAUCACGCUGAAGAUGAACGAGUCCAACCACUGCAUCGUGGCGAGGAUAAUGCACGGAGGAAUGAUCCACAGACAAGGAACGUUGCACGUAGGAGACGAGAUCAGGGAGAUCAACAGCAUCAGUGUGGCCAACCAGACCGUGGAGCAGCUGCAGAAGAUGCUGAGGGAGAUGCGAGGCAGCAUCACUUUCAAAAUAGUGCCAAGUUACCGGACGCAGGGCUCCUCGUGUGAGAAAGAGUCCCCCACCACCUCCAGGCAGUCCCCUGCCAAUGGCCACUCCAGCAUUAACAGUUCUAUCUUGGACCUGCCGUCCACCAUCCAGCCCAAAGGUCGACAGAUCUACGUGAGGGCUCAGUUUGAGUAUGACCCGUCCAAAGACGAGCUCAUCCCCUGCAAAGAGGCCGGCAUCCGCUUCCAGGUGGGCGACAUCAUCCAGAUCAUCUCCAAGGACGACCACAACUGGUGGCAGGGGAAGCUGGAGAACACCAAAAACGGCACGGCGGGCCUCAUCCCGUCGCCAGAGCUGCAGGAGUGGCGGGUGGCAUGUAUAGCCAUGGAGAAGACCAAGCAGGAGCAGCAGGCCAGCUGCACCUGGUUUGGCAAGAAGAAGAAACAGUACAAAGACAAGUAUUUGGCAAAGCACAACGCAGUGUUUGAUCAACUAGAUCUCGUCACGUAUGAAGAGGUCGUGAAGCUUCCUGCUUUCAAAAGGAAAACACUAGUUUUGUUAGGGGCCCAUGGAGUGGGCAGAAGACACAUCAAGAACACACUCAUCACCAAACACCCCGACAGAUUCGCUUACCCCAUCCCACACACGACCAGACCUCCAAAGAAGGAUGAGGAGAACGGGAAGAACUACUACUUUGUCUCGCACGACCAGAUGAUGCAGGACAUCAGCAACAACGAGUACCUGGAGUACGGCAGCCACGAGGAGGCCAUGUACGGGACGCGGCUGGAGACCAUCCGCAAGAUCCACCAACAGGGACACAUAGCUAUACUGGACGUCGAACCUCAGGCACUGAAGGUCCUGCGGACGGCAGAGUUUGCCCCGUACGUCGUCUUUAUUGCCGCACCAACUAUCACGCCAGGCAUCAACGAGGACGAGUCGCUCCAGCGGCUGCAGAAGGAGUCGGAGAUCCUGCAGAAGACUUACGCCCACUACUUCGACCAGACCAUCAUCAACAACGAGAUCGACGAGACCAUCAGGCACCUGGAGGAGGCCAUCGACCUGGUGUGCACCACCAGCCAGUGGGUCCCCGUGUCCUGGGUCUACUGACCGACUCCCCACCUCCUCUUCCUCCUCCUCCUCCUCCUCCCGGCAACAACACCUCAGCCAGUCUCCCCUCUUCUAAAAUCGAAUCAAUUUAAUAAAAAAACAACUUGACAAAAAAACAAACCUCUACACUGCACUUGAUCGAACACCUCCCUCAGCGUACUGUGAAAGCGACCGCAGCAUUCAGCCGAACUCCUCCUGAACGCCGCACCAACAACCUGCGGCGGCCGAUUAUCGGACUCUUGCCCUGGCAGACGACUUAGUCAUAGUGAUGUAAAAAAAAAACAAAAAAAAACAAGUUUAAACAAAAGUGAAUAUUGUCAUGUCUGUACUAGCUAGGAGGCAACAUUUUUGUAGAUGUUUGUUUUAAAGAGACAGUACAGUCCCCCCCCCCCCCCCCUCACCUUGUAGUCCUGUUGGGUGUCGUAGUACUAAACCAUUCGUAGAAAGACACUGUCAGUGGGUCAUCUGUCUGUCGGCAGACUGAAGUAAAAGCACACAAAAGCGCUGCAAUGUCUUCUCAUUUCUAGAUCUUGUCACCCGCCCUCCUUAUUUAUUCAUUCUCGUUCUUUUCGGAGCUGUAAUGCGGCGUUACCUCCCGUUACGAUCCUAUUGUUAGAGUUCGGUACAGCGACAUUAUCUUCCACAUAUGCACCUUUCUACCUACCUGCCAGGUACUGUCUCUUCUAAAUAAAUCCAUAAAUAAUGUUUUAGAGAUUUGAAUGAGGUUAUCAUGCAUGUGGACAUUUGCAAGCUUCCAUGCUGUCAGUCAGUCAGUGUUCCCCGUGUCCCUCUGUAAACCUCCGAGAAAGAAAAGAAGACAAAAAUAUAUAUAUAUAUAUAGUAAAAUCUAACAUUCCAUCAGUUUGGAAGACUGAACUCAGCCAAGGGAAGCAAGAGGGGCAAGAAAACACUAACAGCGACGGAGCCGGACGUUGACUUGACACCUAUGCACAUCACUUGCAUUUUGGGUGACAUUUCUAAACCACAGAUUUAUAAAGAAAAAAAAUAAUAAUAACAAUGAUUGACCAUGUAGUGAGAUGUGUUUGUAAAAAAAAAAUCUAAUAAAAGUCUCGAUUUUUCUCUUUUUGAUUUGUCAUACGCAAAAAAAAAAAAGAAUUUCAUCUCACUCCUCAUUGCCAUUUCAGAAAUGUGAUGUCCAAAAGUAUUACUGUUUAAAUCAAGUCUAAAAAUCGAGAGAUGAAAUGCAGAUUUUUAUUCUGAAACUGUGUAACUGUCUACAAAGGAAGUGUACGCUAAACAUUCUGCGAAGUUGACUACUUUGCGAGGGAAGAGGAGGCAGCGUGUACAUCUGAAUAACAUGUAUAUGACAGACGGACAUACUAACUGCCCCUUUGUGUAAAUGACUCUGCAAUGAUACAAGUUCUUCAGUAUGAACGAUUUUUUUUAAAUAUAUUUCCUUUUAUGUGUUGGAAAAGUGAA